AUGCGGAUAGAUCGAUCCCCCAACUUGGGUAUGAUAGCCUCAUUCCCUCAGCCUCCCAUGUGGAAUCUUGGCCUCUUCGCAUCUCUCUUCUUCGCCGAGGUCAUCAAAUCAUCUCCAGUGUGGAAUCUCGCUUACAUCUACGGGUACCUAGAAGGUGUAACACACGCCGAGGCAGAAAACUCGGCUUUUGCUACCAGCUGCGUCGCAGUCUGGAACCUCACAGUCUACCUCUUAGGUAAUCAGAGUCCCGAUUGCAUCAUCCACUCCCGCCGCCUUCGGCCCCGAAUUGCCUUUCCCUUCGCUGCAAGUCCCGUCCCCGUCGCAACUAAACUGAACCGCAUCUAG